AUGGAAGAAAAAUAUCUGGGUGGCAGCAAGUAUCUGCUGCUGAUCGUGGAUGAAGCCAGCGGAUGCAUGAAGGGUUUUUGUCUGCAUUCCAAGUCAGAGAGCGAAGAGUGCAUCAAGAAGUACAUCACGAUGAUACAGACGCAGUUCAACAAGAAGGUCAAAUUUGUGCGACACGAUGGAGCCCGCGAGUUUGCGACGAACUCGCUUCAAGAUUUCUACGAAGUCGAAGGCAUCGAGCAACAAACCACGGUGCCAUACGCACAUCAAGCCAAUGGAACUGCUGAACGCGCGAUUCGAACUAUCGUCACCAUCGGUCGUAGCAUGCUCCAUCAUGCCAAGUUGGACAAGUGCUUCUGGGCUGAAGCGGCAAUGACGGCCGUCUAUGUGAAGAACCGUUUGCCGUCACCCAAGAUUCCACACAAGACACCGUUCGAGAUUGUCUACAAUUCUAAGCCAAGUGUCAAGCACAUGCGCGUUUUUGGGUGCCAAGCAUACAUCUUGACCCCGAAGGAGAAACGACUCAAGUGGGAUCCCAAGGCCCGGGCUGGAUUGUUUUUGGGGCUACGAAGAAGUGUCCAAGGCGUAUCGAGUUUACGACAUCGAAGCGGGGCAGGUGAUGAUAAGUCGCGAUGUCAACUUCGAUGA